CAAGCCUUUCUACAAAAACAUGUCCCAGCUGUGGGCAACCUACAGAUGAAAGAUGCCAGUGGGGCUACUAGCCAAGGGAGACGUUGGUACAGGGCUGCACAAUGCACGGAGCUGGGCAAGCCACUAACCAUAGCAACACUACCCUCGGUUGAAAAGGUUGGCCCAGGAGAGGUCAAGGUCGCAGUCCAUAGUGUUGGGGUCAACUUUGCUGACCUUUUGAUGGUGAUUGGUCAAUAUCAAGAGAAGCCACCCCUACCAUUCUCACCAGGGGCAGAGAGUGCUGGUGUUGUCAUGGAAGUAGGAGAGGGUGUUGAAUCGGUUAAAAAGGGUGAUCAUGUGGUAGCGAUGUCUUCAAGAGGUGGAGCAAUGGCUGAAGAACUUAUUACACAUGAAGGAGAAGUAUGGCGUAUUCCCAGCAGCCUAGAUUUCAAUGAUGCAGCAGCUAUUCCUUGCUGCUUUGGCACAGCUUGGCUGGCUCUCACCCGGAAAGCCAACCUUCAGCCGGGAGAAACCCUAUUAGUAACAGCUGCUGCUGGAGGUGUUGGCUUAGCUGCUGUGGAGUUAGGUGUCAAUGCUCUUGGUGCUAAGGUUAUAGGAGCAGCAGGUGGUCCUGAAAAGUGUGACGUGGUCCGAUCCAAGGGAGCCAUUGACUGUAUUGACUACAAGACAGAAAACAUUAGGGAUAGGACUAAGGAGUUGACUGGUGGGGAUGGAGUCAAUGUAGUGAUGGAUGCUGUUGGAGGGGAUGUCUGGACACAGUGCUUGCGCAGCUUGGCGUGGGAGGGUCGAGCUGUCGUGAUCGGAUUUACGAGUGGAGAGAUCCCCAAAAUACCUGCCAACCAUCUCUUGUUGAAGAGUAUAACCACCACUGGGUUAUACUGGGGCCGCUAUGGUCUCAUGAACCAUACUGUCUUCAAGAAAUCUGUUAGUGAUUGCUUCGAUCUCUAUACUGAGGGAAAGAUCAAGCCUCAUGUCUGUCAAACAUUCCCACUUGAAAAGGUAAAUGAAGCUUUCAUGUUCUUGAAGAACAGAAAAUCAACUGGCAAGAUCAUCAUCAAGAUUCGAUGAGAAUUCCAAAAUCUUGAUUUUUUUAGAAAGUUUCUUCAUCAGAAUAUAUCAUAUCUACUGAGAUAUAUGAAUACAUCAUUUCAAGUAUAUAAAUGCAUCUGUAGCAAAUGCUAGUAAUUUGCUGAUUUACCAUUCAAUAUGUAAGAUUGGUAUAAAAACAGCGGAAGCUAUUUUUUAAAGAAAUUAUAAUCAGAGAUCAUGGUUUGAAUUUGUGGCUCUAAAUAUGCCCUUAAAAGUUUGGCAUAUGUAAAAGCUGAUUUUCAUCAGGAACUUAUUUUUGGAUGCACAGAGAAUGGUGAAAGAUUAAGAACAAAUUACAUUUUGAUAUGAUUUUUGUUAUAUGUCAUUCAUAGAAAAGAUGAUAAAGAGAUAUGUAUGUGGAUGUAUAUUUUCAUUAAUCACCUCCACUCUGCUUUUCUUAGAGGAAUUGACAUGAAAAAAAAAACACAAUUCUAUUAAAAUAUAAUUGAUUCAAAGAAAAUGAGUUGUGGUCUUCACCAUGAUUAUGUACCCUACAACUCUAAGUAACCAAUGAGAUGUAAUAAAGUCUUAAUGAUGAUCAUCAUCAUGAUAAAGUUUUAAAUGUUGAUGAGUAUGAUGACAACAAUGGUGGUUUUAGGUAAAUUAUGACGACGAUGUUGACAAUGAUUAUGAUGAUGGUGAUAGUACUGAUGUUGGUGAUGGAUUUUGAUGAUGACAAUAUAAGGUUUAACAACAAAAAUAACCCUCUCCUUCCCUCAUCCAAAAGAAAAAUCCUUGACAAUUCAUUGAAAUAUAUUGGUUUACUCUACUAUGUGUUAGUUAUGCCACAGAGCUCCCUACAAUGCAUUGGAAGAAUUUAAAAACAAACUUUGGUAAUACAUGAACUACUAGUUCUUGAAACAGUCAAGUUCUCAAUAAAACUGUUACAAUGCCAACAGAUGGCGCUUUUAACGUUUUCAGUAGCAGUUCACUUUGAUUAUUUAGAGCAGCAAAUCUUUAUGUUUUUCCAGGUUUUGCUCACCGAACUAUGACACAUGUGUCUUAUAGUUAAGUGGUUUUACCUCCUGUAAUAGUUUUAGAAGCAGCUUGCCUUAUGAACUUUGCUGAUUAUAUGUUAGACAUUCUUUUUUAAAGAUAAACCACCAUUCAUGUUUGCCAAAUGUGUAUCUUGAAAGAAAUUUGAAAGGUCAGAACAUCAAUCGAUCAAUUUUGUGUACACCCCUAAGUGGUCAAAUUAAGAAUAUUCAGAGAUGAUAGAGGAGGAGUGAUACACAGGGUUAUCUUUAUUACUCAGGUUUUUGUGAAAUAUAAGAAAUUAUGAAAAUUGUCUCUUUCAACCAUAUUAUGUGAUUUUUGUUUGUCAAACAAACUCACAUAUUACCCUGAUUCUAAAUUUGCUGCACUGUCUUCCUAUCAAGGAUCGGAUAACUUUCAAGAUUUUGUUGCUUGCCUUUCAUUGCAUUCAUGGAUCUGCUCCCCAAUACAAUCUUUCUUUUAUUCUUCAAAAUCUUGUUUGCUUGUGGUUUCAAAAGUUUCAAAAACUUGUGGGGAAAGAUCCUUUGCUCAUGCGUGCCCCAUACUAUGGAACAGACUUCCUGAAGACAUCAAAAAAUUGUAUCUCUGUUGAGUCUUUUAAUAUGUUCUUAAAACCUCCCUUUUUACUUCGUAAUUUUUUAUGUGCCUUCAGCACUCUACAGAGUGGAUCCAACAUCUUGUAAUUCAUUGUAAUAUGUAUUUUCAUAAUAUUUAUUGAGAUAUCUUAAAUGUCUUUUUUUUUCAUAGAGAAAUUUAAUUGAAAUUAAAAGAUUUAUUUUGAAUAAAAUGAGUCAUAUGCUACCAUUCAUAA